CAAAGAAAAAUAUCUACAACACCUAUAGUAAUAUUAUAAUCGCUUCGGAGUUCUGUCGUCGUUUACAACCUCGUCCUCGUAUGGAACGAGGGUAAUGAACUUAUUUAUGCCAUGAUUGAGAAUAAUUUGAAAAUGACAAACUCCUCUAACUUUCCUCGCACGAAAAUUGGGGUUGAACAACCGAAGGCAAAGAAACGGAGAAAAUGACACAUACGCUCCUCGCGAUCACAACAGCCCAACAGCACAAACUCCUCUAAACCAAGCCGCACACGCCACGGGCCGCCGAGGAGAAACGAUAUUCCAGCCUUCCCCGCCCCGGCACACCAUCGCGCCUCUCCACCCUCUCCCCAUGGCCGCCGCACGCGACCUUGCCGACAACCAGCCCGGAUCCACCCGCGUCUGCACCGGAGAAGACGUCGCCUGGUUGGACGUCACAGGCGUCUACGACCGCGACGAUUCCCUCAAGGAGAACACCAACCCUAAAUGCUUCAUCGACAAGAACUACCCCGGCCACAAGGCCGGCAACGGCGCGGCGCAGCGGUUCUCGGGCAACCUGAAGCCUACGGCGGCGCCCAUCAUCGGGAUCUCCGGAAACCUCGGCCAGGGGUGUGCCCGGCGGCACCGCCCACCUGCGAUGUUCCCAAAGAAUGCCAAGACCGGCGGCGGCGGGCGCAACCCGAAGCCGGCGGUGCCGGAGCCGGGAUCGCCCAAGGUGUCCUGCAUGGGGAAGGUUCUAUCGGGACGAGAGCGCGACCGCCGCCGGGAGCUGAUCUCCCCGGAGAAGAUGAAUGGCGGCUGCUGCCCCUGGUUCGGUUUCCCGAUCCGUCGCAGCCGCUCGAGGAAGAGCGCCGUGGAGAGCGUCGACUGGUCUCCGCCUCCCAGGCUGCCUCUGGCCUAUGUGGAGCGUAAGAUGGAGGCGAAGGAGGUAAGCACGGAUCAGGCAGCGCCGCCCGCGCCGGCGCCGGCGCUGGCAGGGAUGAGGCGGUUCGCAUCUGGUAGGCGCGUGGCGGAUUGGGCGGCCGGGACGGAAGAGGAUGGACGCUUGGCGAGAUCUGGGCCGUUGUAGCGCGUGUAGGGCUGGUGAAUACUACUCGAAGACUUGUAGUAGAUGACAGUCUGGUUCGUGGCUUUCUGUUGGUUGUUUCUAUGCUUUGUGUAGAUUUGCCAGAAAAAAGCGUGUAAGAUGAGGAUUGAGUUUGAGGUACCAUGUAGAUAAUAAAAUUAGGACUCAGAGAUA